AUGGAUCCGUUAAUUAAGUUUGUCGUGUAUAAUACUACGCCAGUGAAUCGUAAUGACUAUGACACUAUGAAAGCGCAGAAGAAAGAGCAGAAGCAAGUGGGCGUCACCACCGAUAAGAGACUUCUGCUUCUUUCGCCAGAAGCUUCUCGAAGGACUGAUGAACGGGUGCUGUAUGCUAGAAACAAGUUGCUUGCCGGAGCGAAACCUUCAGUUGUGGGAGGCAGGCCUAUAACAGAGGAAGAAGCUACUGAACUCCGUAUACUCACAUUUGGAACUGCCGCAUGUCCGCCUCGAGGCGAAUGGGUGCGGACGCCUCUCAUCAUGAGGCCACCAGACCAACCCCUGGCCUAUGGCCUUAGUGCCCCCAGGAACGCAGCCAGAUCCUUGCUGUCAGCCCUCCAGGCCCAUAUUAUCAAGUGGUUGCUGUUCGAUUCUAGACCGCAGACCAGAGAUAAUAAGUCUGCUUUGCCGCCUGACACAUACCUACGUCCAUCGGAAGACCGUCAAGAGGAAGCAUUGUGGCGGGCAUGCAGCGAGGUCAUAUGGAGAUGUGGUGGUGGGUUCACCACCCAGACUGGGGUCGAACCCAGAGCGGUGGUAGCCCUGCCCAGUGAAAACACGUAUGUGCAACACAGCUCUCAUUAUUAUCAGGAUGGUAUUACUGAGAAGCUGCACAUUUACGAGUUUAAAAACAUGGAAGAUCUUCAAAUUUUCAUAAAGCGUUAUUUGUAUUUGUUUCAAACAGAAGAAGGCUCGGGUGCAUUGUUACUGCUGUAUUCUGUUGUCUUGUCAAGAGGACUGGAGAACAUCAAGAAGGAUUUAGACGGCAAAUUGACCAACUUAGUGUCCUCCCACGUGGAAGGCUCCAUCAACAUUGUGACACUGCUGUUGACCGGACGCGCCACUCCGUAUCUUCACAACGGUGUGCUAUAUGUAGGAGAUGAAGACCAUUAUGCAAUGCCACAGUUCGGUAUUUUAUCUCGAAGUCCCGUUGGUCUGCUGGUGUGGUAUGGUGGAGAAGAUGGCUCCAAGAACAAUAUCAACAAGCAAUACCCUGGGUCACGGUUGAAGACACCUGCUAUGCCGAUUUGGGUAACAAGCUGUUCUGGACAUUACGGUCUACUGUUCAAUACAAACCGUGAACUGCUGAGAAAUUACCACGCCGAACGAAGGUUUGACAUAAACUAUUACACGUGCGGCGGCUGCCACGUGCUGCUGAACGUGGACACUCGUGCGCACGACGACACCGCCGGCCCGAUGCGCAAUGACGACAUCAGCGCCACUCCUCUCGAAAAACUUAUCCAUACCAAAUGGCAAGAUGCUAAGAUCACAUGGACCGGGCCGGCACCGUACGUGAACGAACCGCCGAAAUGA